AAUUGACAAAAUAAUUGUUUUGAGGCAGAGCCACCGGUCUUAGCUACACCGCCAGUAGCACGCUCGAAACCGUCGUCCACUCCCCACCCCCAAUGAUCGUUGCCUCCCUUUAAUUUUUCACAAAUCGAUCGAUUAAAUUAAGAAAAAUUAGCAUACAAUCGCAUCAGCAUCAACAUGAGGAAGCGAGAUUUAGCAAUCCUUAUGCUGGCCGCUUUCGCCAUUUUCUUCUCCCUUCAGCACGAAGGCGAUUUUUCGUUUAAGGAGGCAUGGUACCAUUUAUCAGACGAAUAUCCCAUCAAAUACGAAGGCGAACGUCUUCCUCCACCUAUUGUUUCCGAUCUUAAUGGCGAUGGCAAGAAAGAGGUUCUUGUGGCUACUCAUGACGCUAAAAUUCAGGUUUUGGAGCCUCACACUAGGCGUGUGGAUGAAGGGUUUAGUGAGGCCCGUGUUCUUGCAGAGGUGAGCCUGUUACCUGAUAAGAUCCGGGUAGCUUCGGGCAGACGGGCAGUGGCCAUGGCAACAGGGGUGGUUGACCGAACUUUCAAACGUGGUCAAGUACAAAAACAGGUCUUGGUUGUUGUGACAUCAGGUUGGUCCAUUAUGUGUUUUGAUCACAACCUCAAAAAACUAUGGGAGACAAACGUUCAGGAGGAUUUUCCACAUAAUGCUCACCAUAGGGAGAUAUCUAUCUCUGUAAGUAAUUAUACGUUAAAACACGGAGAUGCUGGCCUUGUAAUUGUUGGAGGACGAAUGGAAAUGCAGCCACAUAUGCACCUCGAUCCUUUUGAAGAAAUUAAAAUGGCUGAAGAAAGUGCCGAUCAGCAUAGAAGAAGUGCAAGUGAAAAAGAAUCUGCAGAUGCUUCGAGUGCUGUGGACUUACGCCAUUUUGCAUUUUAUGCUUUUGCGGGGCGAACUGGUACCCUUCGCUGGAGUAGAAAGAAUGAGAACAUUGAAGCAACUUCAUCAGAUGAAUCUCCACUAAUCCCACAACAUAAUUAUAAGCUUGAUGUCCAUGCUCUCGAUAGGCGCCAACCAGGAGAGUUUGAAUGCAGGGAGUUUAGAGAAUCAAUUCUCGGAACUAUGCCACAUCACUGGGAUAGACGGGAGGAUACGAUGUUGAAGCUGGCCCACUUUAGGCGGCACAAAAGGAAGUCAGUGAAGAGAACACCUGGAAAAACUUCAAAUUACCCUUUCCACAAGCCAGAGGAAAACCAUCCUCCAGGGAAGGACUCAACAAAAAAGAUUUCAAAUUUAAUUGGAAAAGCUGCAAAUUUUGCUAAUUCAGCCAAGACUAAGAAGGCAUCCCCGUAUGUUCCCACAAUUACAAAUUACACACAGCUCUGGUGGGUACCUAAUGUUGUUGUGGCUCAUGCAAAGGAAGGGAUUGAGGUUUUGCAUUUGGCAUCCGGUCGCACAUUAUGCAAGCUUCACCUUCAAGAGGGUGGCCUGCAUGCUGAUAUUAAUGGAGAUGGAGUUCUUGAUCACGUCCAGGCUGUUGGGGGGAAUGGUGCUGAACAAACAGUUGUUAGUGGAUCAAUGGAGGUGUUAAAACCUUGUUGGGCUGUUGCAACAUCUGGUGUACCAGUACGAGAACAGCUUUUUAAUGUUUCGAUAUGUCAUCGCUCUCAUUUCAACUUUAUCCCGCAUGGAGAAUACUCUAGAACCUUCGGUAGAGCUGUAGAUGUAAGUUCACUUGAGGUAGCAACACCGAUCCUCAUCCCAACAAACGAUGGCCAUAAACAUCGAAAGGGUAGCCAUGGAGACAUUGUGUUUUUAACAAACCGUGGGGAGGUUACAGCAUAUUCACCUGGUUUGCAUGGACAUGAAGCGGUCUGGCAGUGGCAGCUGUUGACUGGCGCAACAUGGUCAAACCUCCCGUCACCAGCAGGGAUGAUGGAUGCCGGUUAUGUGAUCCCCAGUUUGAAACCGUUUAAUUUACGAAUGCAUGAUAAUCAGCAUCUUAUCUUAGCAGCAGGUGAUCAAGAGGCUGUAGUGAUUUCGGCUGGUGGAAGUCAACUGACGUCUAUUGACCUUCCUGCACCACCAACUCACGCCUUGGUUGAUGCGGAUUUUUCAAAUGAUGGGUUAACCGAUCUGAUUGUUGUGACUUCUAAUGGGGUGUACGGGUUUGUUCAAACGAGGCAACCGGGGGCGCUCUUUUUUAGCACACUUGUUGGCUGCCUAAUAGUUGUGAUGGGGGUUUUUUUCGUCACUCAACACUUAAACUCAAUGAAAGGGAAACCUCGAGCUCCAUCAGGCCACAUUUAAAAAAGAGUAACGAUAGAUGGUAUACAAAGCUGAGGUGCUUAAUCAGACGGUGAAGGGUUUCUGAUUUUAGUAAUGUGAGUUAGCAGGCUCUAGUAGCAAAACCCUUAAUUAGAUGUCUCUGUUUUAUUUGUUUUUAAGUUGGUUAUCGAAUAUGAUGUUAAGAGAACCGUUCCUGAGGCUUCAUGUAUACGAAUUCCUGGACUGAUGCAGCUCAUAGCACAUUUAGUCAUAAUACAGUUAAAGAGUUUUGUAAAUUUGAUGUG